AGUUGUACUAUUCUGAAGAAAACGGCGACUGGAUAAUAAAGCCCUCAGGAGUUUGACUGAAAAUGUUAUCUCCCUUCAUUAACCGAGGGCACAUCUGGACCAUGUAUAGGCAUUUAACCUGCAAUUCCUACUAACUAACUUCACCAAAACAACCAUAUCCUUGCCGCCCAAAUCUUUCCGGUAAACGAGGAAGUGAGGAGAGGCGGAAAGAAAAUAAAGUGUCAAGGACCCGGAAUCGCCUCAAGUCACUUCAAAGCGGAAACCACUCCCCAACUUUCCUGGACUGCUGGUGACCUGCUCCUAAUGAGAGAACCUAUCCUGUCCUGCAACCAUGAGUGACAACGCUGAAAUAGCUACUCUGAAUGAUCCCCUCGCAGACCUCCUAACGAAUUACAUCAUAAGAGAAACUCAUCCUGUAAUACAGAGUAUAUUUGACAACGACCUCAAGGAGCUGGAAGAAUUACUCAAGGUCAACAACAUCAAUGGAACGUACCCAUUCGCCCAGUUAAACGAUUUAAUAACACCACUGAUCGCUGCUGUUGUAUACCAGAAGGAGGACAUUUGUAUGUACCUUCUGCAGAAGGGUGCGAAACCAGAUGUUUCUUCCUGAAAAGGCUUCGUACCUUUGCAUUAUGUCUCUCUAUACAAUGCACCACUGCUUUUUGUGGAGAAACUUCUUGAAGCAAAUGCUAAUCCAAAUGGGACUACAGAUUAUCACUGGUUCUCACCACUGAAACAGGCUGUUGAGAACAACAGGGAAGAUGUUGUGAAAACACUCAUUUCUGCUGGUGCUCUGGUAGAAGAAUUACCCUAUUCUUCCCCUAACGACAACAAACGACUAUAUCAGAUAGUUCAUAACAGUGCAUCUGAAGGGGGGAAAAUCUGUUACUUCCUGGAUUUGGACCGUGCUGUGCGAUACAAUCAACCUGAAGAGGUGUUCAAAACCUAUGGCAGUAACAUGCUGCUGGAGCAUCCUCAGACCUCUGUGACCAUUAUUGAAACCCUAUUUUCAAUAACUGGGCAUGAUGCAGAAAAGUUCCGCCAAGGCUGUAUCAAAUGGCUCAAAGACACUGACAGUGUAGACACCUACAUCUCAAGUGCGAUCAGUCGCUUUCCAAAUGUUAUGAAGAACCGUGUGCAUCAGGUUAUUAAGAGUUUGUCUACAGUUUUGUGCACUGUUGAAGAAGUGCAAAGUAAGCAAGGCUGUGCGCUGAUUCCACAACUCCUGGAACAGCUUGGCACAGAUACCAGACAUCAUCCUUAUUAUUAUGAUGAUGAUGAUGAUGAUGAUGCUGAUUAUGUGAUUAUGAAAACACUUUAUGUGAUAACACAGAAAACAAAAGGCAACAAUGGCUGGGAUGCAGACUUUAUUGAGAAGUUAUGCAGAACAGUCGCCCCUUUUGUUGAUGAGAAAUACUCCUCUGACAUGAGAUUGAUCACAUAUGCCAUAUUCGGAAACUUGCUCUUUGUGGAAAAUGCUGUAAACUUCAUGACAUCUGCAGGGAUAACUUCAGUGCCUGAUGACAUCCUGACAUCUGCAGACAUGGGAAUGCUGAGAGAUCUUAAAGACGUGAUCAGACGUCUGAAAAAUCAUCUGAGCAAAUCAAACUCAGCAGCAGCUGAGCCUCUUCACAGCAACACCACUGCAACAACAGUGAAACACAGAUGGCAUCCAAUCAGCAAGAGAUGGCAAGAAAAAUUAGAGAAGCUCAUGAGUGCUGAUGAAAGCAGAGUAACCAGAAUAGGAAGCAUGAUUUUUGUGGAUGAAGAUGAAUUCAGGAUAGCAGCGGGAAGCAAUGGCACUGAAGUCUUCUUGGGGCUGAGAGACGAAGGCACUGAGGUCGCCAUCAAGAGAAUGUUGAAACGCAGCUAUAAGGAGCUGAAGAAUGAGGAAGGAUUUCUACGACUCCCAGAGCUGGAUCAUCCAUCUAUCGUACGAUAUGUUGACUUUGCUGAGGAUAAGACCUUUGGAUACCUUGGUCUUCAGCUUUGUGAGUACACCCUGGAAGAAUACAUCAACUCCAAUAAAGAUGGAGGUCUGCCGAAGGAGAAACUUGUCCAUGAGUUCCUUGAGAGUUUAAGGGUGCUUCAUUGUCAGAACCCUCCAAUUCUCCAUCGGGAUCUCAAACCACAAAAUGUUUUGAUUGAUGUUACUGGGAGGGCAAGAUUAGCCGAUUUUGGCAUCAGUCGACGGUUGCCCAAAGGCCAAACGACUUAUCACACAGGGGCCGCUGGAACAGAGUGCUGGAAGGCCAAGGAGACCUUAGUAGAAGAUGCUGAUGUACCAUACAAGUCCAGCACUGAUAUACAGGUGGCAGGGAUGCUGAUCUAUUACAUCCUGUCCGGGGGUCACCAUCCUUUUGGAGACAAAGCUUGGGAAUGUGAGAACAACAUUGUUCAGGGGAGGUACAAGCUGGACCAUGUUGAAGAUGUGGUGGCAAAGGAUCUCAUUGAGAUGAUGAUCAAUGAAGAGCCAAGGAAGAGACCAAAAGUCUGGGAAUGCUUGAGUCAUCCUUUCUUUUGGGAGCAGCAGAGGAGAGAAAACUAUCUGAUUGAGAUGGGAGACAUGGAUGAAGUCAAACAGUACAACAGUGCAGAUCCAGAACUGAUUUCUUUAAUGGAAAAAUGUUCAGGAAAUGGAUCCAUCAAAGGAUGGAAAACUCAGUUUUCUCCAGAGUUGCUCCUAAAAGUGGACAGUAAGAAGAAACCCUACGCUGAAAACACCCUGGGACUGCUGCGCUUCAUUCGAAACCUCUUUGUGCACCACAAAGAGGAGGCUGCUGAAGUUGAUGUCCUGUCAUUAUUUCCUGGUCUGUUUGGAGGAGUCUAUGGUUUUGCAAGAAGCUGUGGCUGGAAUUCAAGGCCGUCCCUGAAGAGAAUACUUGAAAUAGAAGAGUUUCCAAGAGACAGCAUUGCCACCAGAGGGGCUACCUCAUCCACAAACCCUGAUGAACAUGUCAGCCACCUGUUUAAGAAACCCAGACAUUCACCAAGCUAACAGAAGAGUGACUCCAGGCUCACAUGGAUCCAUUCAGAGGGGUCUUGACUCAGAUGUAAGUGAGGUCCACUGAUACUGAGUGGAUUUAAAUGAAAUGUUAGCAAUCAAACCUGCUGCUGCAAAGACAGCAUUCCACCCUGCAUGAUUGUAUUUUUUAAGUAUACUGUUGUAAAGUGCCAUAUUUUGAUGAAUGUGGCUGACUUAAAGUCAUUUGACAAAUCACUCAGGUCAAAUAUGUGAGGGUGCUCUGUUAGCUGUUAUAAAUGUGUAUCACUAUGAUGGGUUGCUUUAACAUGCAUUUUAUGUAGUUUUAUAAAACAAAACUCUGAGCUCUGGAGGGCUGGAUCUUGCGAAAUGGCUGUUAGUUUGUACAUAUUAAAUUGCAUCACACGAGCAGAAAUAAAGUGGUAAUAUUAAUCUAUCAAA